CCGAAAUCUCAGGGUUUGGGGCUCCGCUCGUCGCUGCUGAUCGCGGCCUCCUUCGAGGCCCGAACGCCGCCUCUCCCGUGGAUGCCUUAGAAAGCCUGGAAUACCUGCGGGCUGCUGCUGUUGCCCUACUUGAACGGGAUGCUUCCCGGGGGGAUGUCCUGAAAUGCACUGGAGUCUACGGUUGGCGGUCCAGCUCCCCGCCUCUCUCUCUCUCAGCACUCAGGGUCUCCUCGUGUCUUCUUCGGCCUCUGGGCCUGGGGCUUCUUCCUCGGUACCUCCUGCUCUGAAGAUGGGGCUCUGAAGGCCUCCCUUGAUCCUGAAGAAUGUCGCCUUGAAGGCCUUCGCUCUUGGGAAAGCCAGCCCCCCCCCCCGCUCUGUAGCCUGAACUCUGCCCCAGAACAGAAACAUCAACUUACACCCACUCAUCGCCAGCCUCUUCUGUGAUUUGUGCAUGUUUUAAUGUACAUUAAUAUGUCUGCCUCUUGGCCGCGUUCCCUGUUUGGGGAGGAAGGACGUUUGUGUCGGAGGCUCCCGAUGAAUGAACGUUAUGCUGGUCUGGAAAAUUCAGAAUGAUCUGACAGGUCUUGGAAUAGUUGGGCGAGAAGAGGGGACCCGAAGCCGUGACAUGAGACCGAGGGGUGCUUCCAAAUGCCAGUGGCUCCCUUUUUAAAGGGAGCCAGGAUUAAGAAGGACGUUGGACGUGAGCUAUGGCUGAGGGUGAUGCUUGUCUGAGCAGUAAGCCAGCUGUGGAUCAGGAGGAGCGGCCAUACAAGUGCAAGCAGUGCCCGCGGAGCUACCGCCAUGCUGGCAGCCUGGUGAAUCACCGCCGCACCCACGAGGUUGGCCUUUUCCGUUGCCUGCUAUGCCACAAGGACUUCUCCAACCCCAUGUCUCUGAAGAGCCACCUGCGCACUCAUACGGAAGAGAAACGUCACAAAUGCCCAGACUGCGGCAGAAGCUUCCGAGUUUCAUCCCAGCUUCCCAGCCACCACUGCCCAGCUCAGGCCAACCAGGAGCAGGAGGAAGAAGGCCGGAGCAAUAAAAGCUCCCAAAGGGGCCAGGGCACAUCUUCUCCAGAUGUUGAACCCCUUUCUGGGAUGGAAGGCAGCAGCGGGAGCCUUUUGUCCAAUCUGGAGAAGUACAUUGCUGAGUCGGUGGUGCCAGCUGACUUUUCUCAGCAGGACUUUCCAAUCAAGAUGGAACGGGAGAAGCAGGAUCCGCUCCCAGGGCACGAGGAGGCUGGGGAAGAGCCUGGGCUACUGGCUGCCAUGGAGGACGAGCGCCGCUACAAAUGCAACCAGUGUGACAAGGCUUACAAACAUGCCGGCAGCUUGACCAAUCACAAGCAGAGCCACACGCUGGGGGUCUAUCAGUGUGCCAUGUGCUAUAAGGAGUUCUCCAACCUCAUGGCCCUCCGAAGCCAUGCCCGUCUCCACUCGGAGUAUCGGCCCUACAAGUGCCGGUUUUGCCACAAAGCCUUCCGGUUGCCCUCGGAGCUGCUGAGCCACCAGAAAGCCCACAGCCAGGAGGAGAGCAAGUCCUGGGAGGAUUCAGAGCACGACGUUUGGGAGGAGGACUCCAUAGAAACUUCAGCAAAGUUGGACAUCUAUCAGCCACCACCCGUGGGCACAGAUUUUGGAGACAGGGCGCCCUGCAGCCUUAAAGAUACCUCCAAGGUUGGUGGUGGAGAACGCUGUAAUCCGGAUGGAGAGCUCUGCGUCCGCUGCGGCGGGACCUUUGCCAACGAGGAGGAGCUGAAAGAACACAGCUGCCUUUACCCAGAGGAGGCAGAUGAAGAAGAGGCUGAAGGCAGCAGCCCUUUACAAGCAGCACCCAGCUCCAACGAAGCUUGGGAAGCCCGUCUAAAGAGCGAGGAAGGCUUUCCCAUGUUUGAAGAGCGCCCCUUCCGCUGCGGGGACUGUGGGAGGACAUACCGCCAUGCAGGGAGCCUCAUUAACCACAAGAAGAGCCAUCAGAUCGGGGUGUACAGUUGUACCGUCUGUUCAAAACAGUUGUACAAUUUGGCCGCCUUGAAGAAUCAUUUGCGGGUCCACCUCAGGUCCAAGCUCAACGCCUCGGCCCCAGAAGAAGCCUCCCAGCACCCGUCUGGGAUCCUGGACCCACCGAAAGCACAGGCCUGCCCUGACGACUGCCCAGCCCAGCCCUUGGAUGCCUGGAGAGGACCAGCUGCCUGUCCCAAGGAAGAGGAAGAAAGGACUCUCGGAGAGGAAGAGAGACCUUACCGGUGUGAAGAUUGUGGGCGGAGUUACCGCCACCGGGGCAGCCUGGUGAACCAUCGCCACACUCAUCAGACCGGAAUCUUCCAAUGCUCGAUCUGCCCCAAGCAGUACUCCAAUCUCAUGGCACUCCGCAACCACGUCCGCGUGCAUUUGCGGGCUGCCCGCAUGCGGGGCAAAGAAUUAGGGGAUGGUUUGACGUGCAGCAAUUGUGGAGAGAGUUUUGAGGAAGAGGCUGAAUUCCAGCUUCAUCAGCUGCGCCAUCUGCCCUGCACAGAGGAGGUUGAGACGGCGGAAGUGCCUCGGCUUGGCGCCCUUCACUCUCAGGAAGCAGAUCUUCUUCAGACUAUUAAACAGGAUGUGGAAGCCCUGGAGAAUGGGACAGCAGUAGCCGAGGACAUCCUGGCCUCAGAAAUGUCUCACGUUUGUCACCAAUGUGGGUUGGCCUUUCCUACUGUGACUGGCCUGCAGACUCACGCCGUGCAACAUAGCAGUGGAGAGGAGCACUUGGAGGGGAUGGCAGAAGGAACCGACCCACCUGUCCCCCUCCAGCGUCUCUACGGGUGUGACCUGUGUGGUAAAUCGUACCGGCAUUCAGGAAGCCUCAUCAAUCACAAGCAGACACACCAGACGGGGGACUUCAGCUGUUCACUUUGCGGCAAACACUUCCAAAAUGUGGCCUCCCUUAAAAGCCACUUGCGCGGCCAUCAGAGGCCCAGGAGAGGACUGUCCGAGACGCUGGUGACCACGAACGAGGAGACUGAAACUGAAACUAGCACUGCCAUGCCCAUGGUGUUAUCUUUGGCAGAAGAGCCGGGAGAUAGUCGCAGCGCUCUGGAAAAAGAUGCCUUAGCCAAUGGCUGGCAGUCCCAGUCACAAGUGUCUUCCCCGUUGCCUGAGGAUCCUGACGCUCUUCCCUACCUCUGUGAGCAGUGUGGGCUGGGCUUUGACCAGGCCAAGAACUUGAUUGACCACAGACAGACCCACCAAGCUGGCAUCUACCAAUGCUCUCUUUGCCCUAAAGAGUAUCCCACUCUCCUUGCUCUAAGACACCAUUUCCACGGGCAUGCCAAGGCCACGGCACCCGGCCAGGAGAACCCGGUGGGCGAAGGCCAUUCUGAGGAGCAGCCGUUCCUCUGCAGCCUCUGCGGCAUGAUCUUCCCUAGCGAAGAGAGCCUUCAGCAUCACCACAGCUUCCUGCACGAGGACGGCGAUGGCCAGAGCAAUAGUCCAGACGUGCUGAAAAGGCAAACCGAAGAGCAGCUGGACGGUGCAGGGGAUUCAGAGGAGGACCAGCUCCUCUCCCACAUCUGCGGUUAUUGUGGACAGACAUUUGACGAUAUGGCCAGCUUGGAAGAGCACAGCAACGGGCACCUGGAAGAGAGAGCGGCAGCCUUGGCCGAUACUUCCAUCCAGCUCCGGCGAGCUCCGCGCAUGGAGGAUGACCCGCCCCCUCCACCCCCACCUUUGGUGGAAGCACUUCCUCUUGCCGAUGACCUGCUGGACAGCCGGCCUUACGCCUGUGGUCAGUGUGGCAAGACCUACCGGCAUGGUGGCAGCUUGGUCAAUCACAAAAAGAUCCACCUGAUUGGAGAUUACCAGUGCAGCGUCUGUUGCCGGCAGUACUGUAACCUGUCUGCCUACCGGAAUCACCUUCGAAACCAUCCAAGAUGCAAGAUGAAUGGCAGCGUCGCCCAACUCCGACAGCCGGUCACGGCUGCAGAAAGGGGGCUGCCUUGCCCUUACGAGAGGCUGAAGAAGGAGCCUUGUGACAGUUCCCAAAAAGGAGAUGCUCCCCCAAGUGACUCUCUCCUUGCCUCUCCUAUAGGAAAAGAAAGAGUGGAACAAGGAGAAGAGUUGAGUGCACGCCUGUCGGAGAGCAGAGAAGCUCGGGAAUGUGGUGUUCCUGGAGAGGGGAACGAGCGGAAGGAGGCCCACCGAGCAAUACAGGAAAUGGAGACGGUAGAGGAAGAAGGAGCAGGAGAGGGGAAGGGUCCUCAGGCAGAGGAGGAGGACUCUCUCUCGGAACGCCCCUUCCAGUGCGAUGUUUGCGGGCGUAGCUACAAGCACGCCGGCAGCCUGAUCAAUCACAAACAGACCCACAAGACAGGCCUCUUUCACUGCGGCAUUUGCCAGAAGCAGUUCUACAACCUCAUGGCCCUCAAAAACCACAACCGCACCCACUUUGAAACCAAACGCUACCGAUGUGCCGAGUGCCCCAAGGCGUUCCGACUCCAGAAGCAACUGGCCAGCCACCAACGCGUGCAUCGGGACAGGAGACCGGAGCCUGCUUUCCGCUCUGUCCAGAGGCCCCUUCGGACCAGGCGAGCUGGCAAGGCAGAGACUUUCUCGCUCCUUCCAGCCGCUGCUAAGCAGCGGCCAGAUCCCGAAGAGCGCCCAUACAGGUGCGGGCAGUGCGGGCGCUCGUACCGCCACGCAGGCAGCUUGCUCAACCACCAGAAGAGCCACAAGGUGGGGCACUUCGCCUGCGCCUUGUGCAGCAAGGCUUACCCCAACCUCAUGUCCCUGAAGAACCACCAGCGCAUCCACUACGAGGUGAAACGCCACCAGUGUCCCGAAUGCGGCAAGGCCUUCAAGUGGCAACGGCAGCUGCAGAGACACCAGCGCCGGCCUCACCCUUGCAGCAAGGUCCCGCCAGGGCAAGAUCCCGAAAGAACUAAAGUCGAUGCCGAAAGGGAGCAGGGGAACAACCCCGGAGAGGCACCUGUUGGGACUUUGCAGAGCCAGUUGCGCCCCAAACGCUUUCGCAAGCGCGCUUGCCAAAAGAACCGUAGCCGUGCGCGUACAAAGAAACGUUUGGAGUGCUCGGAUUGCGGCAAAGCUUACCGGGCCUCCAGGGAUCUGAUGCAGCACCUAAGAAGGCAUCAAGCUGAGGAAAGAGGGGACAGUCCUAAGGGCAAGCUGCUGGAGGACCAGCCUUACAAGUGUCAUAGCUGUGAGCGGACGUACCGUCAUCCUGGUAGUCUGCUUAACCACAAGAAGGCCCAUGCGACAGGCCUCUACCACUGCCCCACGUGCCAGAGGGACUUCUACAAUCUUCUGGCCCUCAAGAACCACCUCCACAUCCACACGGACAAGAGACGCCACCGAUGCACCCAUUGUGGCAAGGCCUUCCGGACGGCCAAGCGGUUGACCGCCCACACCAAGGUCCACGGCAGGUCUAAGGAAGAAGAGACUUUCUCCUGCUCCGUGUGCUCGAAGAAGUUCUUCCACCAUCUCACUUUCCAGCAGCACCAGUUGUUGCACAGCAAGGUUGAUGGGCACCACGCUCUCCAGGGCAGUAUCACAGGGGAAGGGAACUGAGGGGUUUUUAGCCCACGUGCGGAAGGUGCACCAAGGAUUGUAUGGCAGGGAGAUCCAAUUACAGGGAAAUGGUCAAGAUUGGGUGGGAAGCUGGCUUCAUGGGAACAAUUGUCCACACGUUGGAAAAAAAGGGGGAAAGGUUAAACUUGGUCACAGAUGGGGAGCCUUGGGCCACAUCGAUGGGAGAAAAGACAAGGAAGAUUGGCUCCAUGGUUCCCCAGCUUUUUUUUUUUUUUUUUUAGAACAUAGAUCAGAAAAAAUCAAGCUGGGAUGGCAUGGAAGAGAGCAGGCGAGGUGGGACGGUGGUGGGUUUUCUCCUACGACCGAAUGUUACGUUGAGCACAUAACCUAACACACCUCUGUGGUGUCUCUUGGAAAUACGUCCUGUCUUUUCUCUCUUGGAUCCUCUUUGAGGAACUGACUUUUAGCACCCUCGGGACUUCGAGAGGAUUGUGCAUCGACGUUCUGCUCUUUGCAUUUUUGAGCUGUUUUCUAUCCUUUUGAAUCCUUUUGGGAAGUCAGAUGAGUAGCUAACUCCAUGUUUAAGCUGCAUAUAGUAUUUAAAUUGCUGGGUUGUUUGUUUUUUUUUAAAUGGCAAAAGUACUGUCUUAUAGGGAAAGCAAGAAUACUGGGGGUGGGUCUCAGUUUUGUUCCUGAACAAAGAGUUAAAGAAGAAGACAAUAAUCCUUGGUGUGGAGUAAUCUUUUUUUUAAAAAAAAAAAUUCUACCUCCUUCAUUCAAAAAAUGUACCCGUUUCCUUGGUAUGCAAGGAAACAUUAAAAAACCGUUCACGAGACGUAGGUUUUGAUCGCUUUCAAAAACGGAUUCUGAAACCAACGUUCGCUAAAAGGUACUAGGGUUUAUGCGGAAUGCGUGCUAGAGAAACUUGACUGAAAGUUUUAGGUUUAUGUGGGUAAAACUGGCUCUUCUUGGCAGAACCUCUGCUGGCUGUGAUUUAUCAGAAUAGAUCCCGAGCAAAAAUUAUUUUGGGAUUUUGUGAGUGAGUCAUCAAGGAAAACCAUUCUUCAUCGCCUUCCGAACUUAAUUGGACUUCUUAUAGGCCUAUCUCUCGGGAGGAAGAUUCCAUUUUCUUAGUCCCCCUCUUGAUUCCCUCCCCCCCUUGGCAUCCUCCAAAUGGGUUAGCCCACCAUCUCUAUCACCAUAUUGACUGAGAAUGGUGGGUGUUGCCAUCCAAAGCAUCUGGAAGAAGCCAAGUCUACCCUCACCAUCCUAUGGAUCUCUGUGGUUGGGGCAGCCAUCUUUUCCAUCUUGUUAGAAGAAGACACGGGAUGCCCAGCUGAAGGGGAAGGGGUCAUUUUGUGACCCAAACUCUCCCUUAGGGUGAUUUUGAAGGCCAGACUCAAUCUCACAUUCUUUUAUUUCUCUUUAAGCCAAAUUGGGUUAGGUUGGGAGAGAAGCAUCUGGUCUACUUUUUUUUGGAAGGAAACUUUCAAAGGGCUCAACUUUCUGAGCUCUGUCACAUCUAGAUUGGUUUGAUUCUGCCAUCGUUUUGAGAUAGCAUGGAAGGCACUUAUUUCUCUCCAGUUGCCACUUUGCCUUCAAAAUGCAGGGCGUGUGUAUGUGUGUGUGUCCCCCCAACGUAAAUAAUAUCAUUAGUAUAAGCCUAAUAAUUGGGAUCCUAGCUGAGGUGGAAAGCUAAUUAAUCUUGUUCUUCAUGAGAUCUGCACAGAGCUUGGCACAGAUAGUGUUAGGCCUCCUUUCUCCACCUGAUGCUUAGUUGUUGGGUUUGUUUUGUUUUUUUUUAAUAAGAAGAAAACCCUUCUGUUAAAGGCAUAUUUAUUCUCCCAUCCAGUCUGGUUCUGAAUUCCCCCGAGGAAUAGUUACUAAGCCUAAUCCUGCACCAUAUGAAACAGUGCCCUUUAUUUCUCCCCAUUUCAGUUCUCAACAGGCACGACUAAAUGCUAGUCAGUAGCAAGGUGGCUCAGGAUAAUAGGCCUGGUGGUCCAACUCUGGGAAGACGACAGGGCAGGAAAGGAAGAUUUCCUUGUUUCAGUUGUCCUGAGAAAAAUCUCAGCUUGAGAGAACGAUUGGAGUAUUUGCGAGGGGUUGAUCACUUAAUUCUGUUUUGCCCAGAGUACUUGGACCCUUUUAGGCCUUAGUGUUGAUCUGGAUGCAGAUCAGAUGGCAGAGAAGGGAUUCUAGCCCCUGAGGGGGGGGGGGACUUUCUCUACAGCUCAGAAAACAGAGAAGGGAAUCAAGUUGGAAAGGCUUGUUUUCCAAAGAACCUGAGGUUGUUUUUAAAAGACCAGCCAGAAUUGAGAUGCCUUGAAAUGAAGCAUCCCAAACGUGCUUUCCCUGUUCUCUGGGGAGCAGCCAGAGGUUGCUGGAGAUGCGUCAAAGAGAUGUCACCCUCAUAAUCUCUAGAAUUUGUAAAUGGUUUAUAGCGAUCGGCUUUUAGAAUUAACAAGGACGCAGCGGGUGGGAUUAUGAAAACAUUUUUUAAAAAUAUUAAAACAAGAGGACUAGAAACUUGACCAUCACCAGGCUAUCUUCUUCUGUUUGGGGUUGGCCCGGGUACAUGUUUCACGACUGCUCUUGAGGCCAGCCCCCAGUUUUGUUCUCAUUCAGGUAGAGUUUGGUUCAGUGAAAGAAUAAAUGUUUUUAAGUAGGUAAGAACUCUUCAUUUGUGAUUAAAAGUUUUAUAGAAUUUCUAACAUAGGCGGGUAAUAUUUUUAAUAGGGCGCGGGAGGGACACGUGUUGGUUUAUUUCGCCAGCUGAAAAAUCUGUUUUUCUGCCUUCAAUGUUUUAUCCUUAUGAUGCCCAAUAACUCCAGAAUGUUGACGAUCAAGUCCUGUUUUAUGCUGCUGUUUUGGAUAACUGACAUUUUGGCUCUGGUUCAGCAAAAAAAAAAAAAAAAGAGAGAGAAAGAAACCUCACGAAAGAAAAAAUAAAUUUUGAGUUUCGUACGUUUUCAAAUGCUUCCCUUCCUCCUUAAAUGCUGGCACAAAAUACGAUUCGAGACAUUAUUUGAUGUCCUUAGAUUUGAAAGCUCC